UGAAAUUAUAAGUACAAUGCUACUUAUAUAUAUACUUUUAUUUUUAGUUAAUUUUGUGGUUUGUAUAACCUGUCCACCUGAAUAUCUUGACCGCUGUGAAACUUGCGAUACGCUGUUAAUGUGUGUUAAGUGCAAUGUAGGAUUUUGGAACCCGUCUUCGAAAUGUUCCUAUACUUGUGUUACAACAACAUGUACGUGUACCAACCAUACUGAUUGUCUCUCUUGUAAAGACGGAUAUUAUGGUAUUGGAAAUAACUGUGAUCAGAAUUGCUCUUCUGGUUGCAAUGGCAAAACCUGUAAAAACGAUGGAACGUGUUCAUGUAAGCCUAAUUUUACUGGAAUCAAAUGUGACUCGUGUGUAGAUGACAAGUAUGGGGGAAAUUGCUCAAUGCAAUGUAGCCGUGGUUGUGAGGGAAAUAAUUGCAGUCUUAUCGAUGGAUCAUGCACCUGUAGGGAAUAUUAUAGUGGAGUGAAAUGUGAAAACUGUAGCGCAAAUCGGUAUGGGGAAGAGUGUUCAAAACCAUGUAGUCUGGGUUGUUUAGACACUUGCUCUUCUACUGAUGGAAAGUGUGAUUGCAAAGAAUUUUACACAGGAGAUAAAUGUGAGACUUGCGAAGACGGGCGGUACGGCGAAGGUAACUGUGAUCAGAAAUGUUCUUCUGGCUGCAAUAGCGUAACAUGUAACCCUAACGGAUCGUGUACAUGUAAGCCUGACUUUACUGGAAGUACAUGUAACACUUGUGUUGCCGGCAAGUAUGGAUCAAACUGCUCUUUGCAGUGCAGUCGAGGUUGCGAGGGUAUCACUUGCAGCUCAUUAAAUGGAACCUGCAGCUGCAGGAGUAAUUAUAGUGGUGAACAAUGUGAAAACUGUAUUGCAGGUCGGUAUGGAGAAGACUGUUCAAACACAUGUAGUCUGGGUUGCUUAGACAACACUUGUUCUCCUGAUGGAAAGUGUGAUUGUAAAGCCUUGUACACAGGAGACAAAUGCGACGUUUGUGUAUAUGGGCGUUACGAUGGCGGUUGUUUGAAUGCAUCAGCAAGAAAUGAACAGACAGAGAUUGAAAAAACAAAAGUUGGUGCGGUUGUCGGUGGGGUAAUUGGUGCUGUUAUUGUAGUUGUAGCGGCUGUCCUUGCUGUCAUCAUUCUCAAACGAAGAAAUGAAUUAUGCUGGAACAAACCGCAAGGUGAAGAACAGCACAGCGAAGAAAUACACACAACUCAGCCAGUUGUCUACGCUACAGUUCAGAAAAACAGACACUCAUCUGUUCCCGCUCAGCAUAUGGAAACCAGUCAGGGCAGUCAGGCGUAUCAUCAUCGCACUUCAGUAACCGAGCACGCUGAAACUGGAAACAAAUUAUACGAAGACAUAUCAGAUGGGCCUGACGCUUCAGGCAAUGUUCAAGAUAACGUCAAACAAGAAGCAGGGCACAGAGUAAACGUGCAAACACACCACGUUGAACUGGUGAUGACAGAAGAAACUACUGAUGACGGUGUGCUUGAAAUUGACGACGACACAAGGAUCAAGCUACGCGACUGUGAGACAGAUUACAUUAAUGCUAGUUUCAUAGAUGUAAGUGAGUCGUAA